GAUCAUCAAACUAUCCAUUAUGCAGAGGACAGUCAUCAUCAUUACACAACAUGGAAUAAUAAUUUUGAGAAUAAAAAUGCUAUAUCAUGUUAUCUGGGACCCAGUAAUCAAAUAUAUAGUAGCCAAUGAUUAAUGUUCCAAUUCUGUAUUGUCGCAAAUAGCAAUAAUGAUGGAAUUUACCAUGCGCAUUCGCAUGAAUUGUUUAAAAUUGGAAAAAAUUUAAUUAUGGAAUUGCCAUUGCCAACUAAUUUUGAUAAAUAAAUGUUGAAUGAAAUGAAUGAAAUGAAAUUGGAUCGAUCGAAAAAGAAAAGAAAUGGAUGCGGCAAUCAAUAAUGGUGUGUUCAAUAAAAGUUUGGGCUUCAAAAUGACGCUAAUUAAUUCGAUGAAUCAGUUUGCAUUCAAAUUGUUUAAAAUGUUUGCCAGUCGUCAUCAACAUGAUUCGAAAAACAUGUGUUUCUCACCAUUGGAAGUGUUCAAUUCAUUAGUGAUGCUUCUGGUCGGUGCAAAAGGUAUGACCGAAACACAGCUAGAAGAUAUGCUUUGUUUGAAAGAUUUUAACCAACCAACCAAAUACAAAGAAUUGAUCAAUCUAAUCAAAUGGAUAAUCAAAAGCAAUCACGAAAUUAUGGUUUACGGUACGGUCAUCUACGUAGAUCAUCGUAUGAAGUUGCGUCCAGAAUAUCUGGAAAAAGUGAAAAGUAUAUUCGAAAUCAAACCGAAACCGAUCGAUUUCUCGAAAAUUAAUGAAGCAAUCUAUAUGAUUAAUAAGGAUGCAUAUGAAAUGACCGAUGGUGUUAUCGAAGGUGUUAUUAGCCACAAAGAUCUUCAGGAUGACGACAGCCAAGUGAAAUUGGUCAUUUCCAAUGCUGUAUUUUUUCGUGGUUAUUGGCUUUUCAAAUUCGGUGACAUUCAUAAAGAACAAUUCCAUUAUGGAUCAGGUUCGAAAACUGUACAAAUCGAUAUGAUGUCGCAUCUUGGUUAUCAUCGUUAUUAUUAUGAUGAACAAUUACAAGCACAAACCGUAUCAAUAGCAUAUGCAUCGAGUGAUAUUCGAAUGGUGCUCAUCAUGCCCGAAUCAAUCACUACUGAGGCAAUUACAUUGGUCGAUAAAUUGAAUGCAGAUAAAUUGUUGCAAUUAUUUUGGAACUUACAAAACCAACCAAAAUCAUUGACCGAAUUGACCAUUCCACGAUUUGCAUUGGAAGCCCAUAAAGUAUCAUUGCAACGGUCAGUCAAACAAAUGGGUGCCAGAUCCAUUUAUGACCCUGAAACAGCACAAUUGAAUGGAAUUUGUGCCAAUGACCAACGUAUACAUCUCACAAAGCUAGUACAUAAAGCAUUCAUUCUAGUGGAUGAAAGAGGUUCACAUCAAUACACUAGUAAGUCUCAUGAAACAAGUCGUUUUGUCAAACAAAAACAGAUCGAGAAUGCUGAUACAACACAAUCCUUGUCAUUGAGUAAAGAACAUUCGGAAAAUAAAAGGGUCAAAUUUAAGGCCAAUCAUCCAUUCAUAUUUUUGAUAUUGGAUAAAAUAACUGGUGUCGUUUGUUUUAUGGGUGUUUUUGCCGAUCCAACCCAAAUUCUUGAAGUGGUACGUGAACAAGAUCUGAGCAAUGAAGAAAUUACACAAUUAUUGGCCGAAAGUGAUCAGAAAUCGUUUCUCGAUAAUAUAUCCAUCGAUUCAACAUCGUCCAGUCAAUCAUAACAUAAAUGCUUGGAUAAUUAAAAAUAAAAAAUGAAUUUAUUCA